CUAUUGCUGCUUGAACUUGAUAUGAUUUUCCUCUUCCCCUAUGUGCUGUUUUGUUGAUACAGUUUUACAAGUGGUUUGCCGAUCUUGAAGCAGCCAUGAAAUCAGAGACUGAAGAAAAAUAUCAGCAUUAUGUCAACACCUUAACAGAGCAGAUUCAGACCUGUGAUAGUAUACUUCAGCAGGUGGAUGAAACACUUGACUUAUUCAAUGAGCUGCAAUUGCAGCAUCAAGCAGUGGCAACAAAGACUAAAACUCUUCAUGAUGCGUGUGAUAGACUGCUUUUGGAGAAGCAGAAAUUAAUUGAGUUUGCAGAAUCACUUCACAAUAAGCUCAAUUACUUUGAUGAAUUGGAGAAUGUAAGGUCCAACUGCCAUUUAUGUUGAUAAUAAUUUUUUUGA